CUCAGUGUCGCCUUCCAGUGCAGCUGACUGCGAAGGCUGCGCUCGGUGUGUUGGUAGGUCGUACCCGGCUCGUUUAAAAGUGUAAACCCAUCGUAAAUGGGUUUACCACCCCAUCAGCCGUUACUCUCGUUGUUCCCGUUUACCGCGACCAAUUGUUGUGGAUGGAUUAUACCAUUUUCGUCUCACCGAAAAGCCUUUCUACGCCCAGUCAGCAGCGGCAGCCAUAGCUCGGUCGGUGACGCUGGAGAAGACUGAAGUGUCCCUGCAAUGGCCGUCUUUAGUCACCAGGUGCUCCUGGCAGUGACGAGAUCAAGGGGAUCGUAUUUGUUGUCCAAGAGGCACAGCUGCUCCUCUCUGUCUUCCAGAGCCUAUCUCCACAUAGAGCCUCCCAGCCAGGUCCUGUCCUCGGUCCUGCCCUCGGUCCUGCCCAGGCACUCCCGCUAUUCCCACUGUUACCGAGGUCACGCCCUUGGCCGCAACCACAGCUCCGCUCUGCUCGCUCGCUCUCUGCACAACUCAGGUGUCUGGCUCCAGGAGAUAAGGCAGGAUGACAAGGCUUCAGCCGAUGCCGUCCGAGAUGCUUCUGAAGGAGCAAACAAGGACUCUGUGGCUGCUGCAUCCCAGUCCCAACCACCACUGACUCCCACUCCAGCAUCCACAACCACAGCAGCUGCCAUCCCUCCGGUGCAGGAGAGGGCAGUCGUUAAGAAAUCUCUGUAUCAGAGGAUUGUGGAUGAGCUGAAGCAUUACUACAAUGGCUUCCGGUUACUUGGCAUUGACAUUAAAAUUGCUGGCAGGAUGGUGUGGAGGCUGCUGCAUGGACAGCUGCUCACACGCAGGGAGAGGAGGAGGCUGAUGAGGACCUGUGCUGACCUGUUUCGUCUGGUGCCCUUCAUGGUGUUCAUCAUCGUUCCCUUCAUGGAGUUCCUUCUUCCUGUUUUCCUUAAACUCUUCCCAGAAAUGUUGCCUUCCACCUUCGAGACAGAGUCCAAAAAGGAGGAGAAACAGAAGAAAGGUCUGGCUGCGAAGCUCGAACUGGCCAAGUUUCUCCAAGAGACUAUUGCUGAGAUGGCCCGAAGAAAUAAGGCUAAAGCUCAGACAGAGGAUGAGACGCAACGUUUCUCCACAUAUGUCCAGCAGGUCCGGGGCACAGGCGAGCAGCCCACCACCAAGGACAUUGUCCGGUUCUCCAAACUGUUUGAGGACGAGCUGACGCUGGAGCACCUGGAGCGCCCCCAGCUGGUGGCUCUGUGCAAACUGCUGGAGCUGCAGCCCAUCGGCACCAACAACCUGCUGCGUUUUCAGCUAAUGAUGCAGCUCAGGACCAUCAAAUCAGACGAUGAGAUGAUUGCAGCAGAGGGUGUGGCAGCUAUGAGUGUGUCAGAAUUACAGGCAGCGUGUCGCAGCCGCGGGAUGAGAUCUCUGGGUCUCACCACUGAUCAGCUACGUGUGCAGCUGCAGCAGUGGUUGGACCUGCACCUGAAGGAGAAUGUUCCUCCGUCGCUGCUGCUCCUCUCCAGAGCCAUGUACCUGACUGACCUCAAACCCAAAGCUCCCGUCAUCCCACCUGUUCCCAAACUAGAGAAAGCUGCUCCUCCCGCCGUAGAGAAUCCAGCCACAAACACAGCCUCUGUGGGUCCUGACGUCUUGGCAGAUCCUGCUGUCAUCAUCAAAGACAGACCGGUAGAAGAGAUAAGAGACAAAGCUCCUGUGGUCUCAGACAAACCUCUGACUCCUGCUGAGGUCCUUCAGGCUAAAGCGGCAACAGAAGUAUCCCAGAAGAGCAAGAUGAGUGCAAACGGUGUGUAAACUGGAGCAGAAGCCUCUGGAGUGACGGGGCUUUGGUGGACCGGCAGAGCACGCCUGGUGUUGUUGAGUUAAUGUCCCAGUGGUGACACCCAAAGCAUCCAUCGCAGAUCCCCGUCAGCUGUCUCCCUGCAGCGUAGCCCGUCUCCUCCUCCUGUAAAUGUGUAAAUAUCUUUUAUAUGAUCUUCUCUUUGCAUCGCAGCAGCAGCAGCAUCUUUGUACAGUUUUAUUUGCAAACCUUUUUAACUCCUGUUCGGGAUGUGAGAGAAGUCCUCCGUUUUCAGAGAGAAACUUUAAUGAACGUUUUGGUUCAAUAGCUGUUUACACCCUCUCAUCUUUGAUCAGUAACCUGGGCCACGCCGAGGCAGACGCUGGUGGCGUCCAGUCUGAGCCUGUGGAGCAAAACAGAAAAGGUUAAAUCAGCUGGCCCAACAGCAGAUUUAGACACCUGAGCAUGACAUGGCUCCUUGUUGUGAUUGCUAUUAAACAGUGAGAGGUCACUCCGUGAACCCAGAGGUGACUAGUAAAGCACUGACUGGACAAUCUGUAAAAUAACAUUUACAGGUUUUAUGUGCAUAUACAGUGUACGUAUUGUAUUUUACCACUACGAUGCUAAGAUUUCUGUAAGCUGAGAAAUUUAUGCACUUGAGGUUAUUCAUUAAGAUAUUAUUGUUAUUAUUAUUAUUAUUAUUAUCGGGGGGAUGCUUAAAUCUUAAGAUGAGUUUAAUACUGUGGCAUUAAGGUGGCAGAUGUACAUCUUUGCCCAACUGUCCACCUUUUAUGAAGCCUUCAUAAAUAUACGACCCUCCAAGUUUGCCACAUAACCACGUACUGUAUAAAUGUGGCUCAAUGUGUUUGGCUUUGCUUAGGGUUCUGAUGCAUCUGACCUGUUGGAGGAGCUGCUUUUAUUGCAGCUUGUGUAACGUUUUGUCUCCUCAAUGUUUAGAGGCGCGGAGGCCAUAGAUGAAAACAUAUUUUUAAGUGAUUGCUAAAGAAGAUUAUUGGUUUUACACAUGUGCCUGAGGUUAAAGGCUGAUUGGGUUCAAGGUUGCUUUUGCAUCAAAUUGACUGAUUUUAGUUUUACACUGUCCGUUUGAUUAUUCACCUCAGUGUGUUGAAGGCACCCAGGCGACCUCUUCUCCUUCCUCCUUUUGGUCCAGCUAUUAGUUUAGAUCCAAAUAAUCUACUAGGAAAAAUCCAAGCCUCCAACGUUUGUAACAUCUGUCUGAUGAACAGGUGAUACUUUAUGAAGAGCAACUUAACACCAAUCUGUAAACCCUGUGUGCAUUUUUAAGUAGUUACAUCCUGUCUGUUUCCACUGUUUGAUAUUUGAUUAUUCCCACCUGUUAAUCUCAACAAGCUAACGUCUUAUAUUUUACCAUCCUGAUUGAAAGCCUAAAAAAACCUUUACAGUUGGCUACUGGACUUGCUUGAGGCUCUCAAAGGUCAAUUGUGGAUUGUGUUAUGUCAGACUGCCAUCAGAUGCCGUAGUGCUCCUAGGUCAAAAUGCGUCUGACAUUAAUUGUCUGGAACUAACUACUGGUCAAAAUGCGAGGGAUAAACAUAAUGUGGCUCACCAGGUGUUAAGUUGCUUUUCAACAUAACGUAUCACUUACCUGACGAGGAACGUCAGGUAAGUGAUACGUCAGGUAUAUUGCUCCCCAGAGUUGUUGAGUUGGAAUAUUUCUGGGUUUGCUCCAUCACUGAUUUUAUGUUCUGCAAUAGAAGAAAACCGUACAGUAAUAAAGCUAUUGAAGACAAGUACCAAGAUAAUAAAUGAGACUAUAAAAUAAACUAUGAAAAUAUUAAAAAACCCUUUUCAUUUG